CGCGCUUUGGCCUCUACCAUUUUCUUUCUCGUUUAAUAAAAUCUCCGUUGUCCAGGCAAUGACCUGAGAUCGAUAUCCGCUGCAGGUGAUUUUUCCAAAUCGAGAUUGAGCAGUGCAAGGCAGUGAUUAUGGGGACAAAAUGGCCCCAAGUCUUCGGGACCUGAUUGAUUUUCUGCUUGCAGAGAUUGCUCUCUGCGGCGACCAAGGUGCAUCGCCAUCGGAUAUACUAAAGUUCAUCGAUACAUUCUAUGCCAGACUGGCACAGGAUGCUCCUGACCGCAGCCACACCGUGGACAGACGCUUCAAGGAGAAAGUCUGGUCCUGGCUGACCAAGAACCCCGAAAUCUCGGUGGGUCAGAACAGGGAAGGAAACCACCUUCGCCUGCAAGAUGUCACCGGAUUCUCUCGUGGUGAGUCUUCCACCGAGGCGCACGCUCCCACUUUGUCGUCGGAGCCUGCUCGCGUAUUCGUCUCAAAGGAGCGAACUUGGCUAGCAGUCACCGGCCAUGAGCCCGAUGAGACCAAAGUCUUGCCCACCGAGUUCGCUCUUCUCUCAAUUAUCGCCUCGCGUAAGCACAACGGCAUCGUGCAGACAGAUCUGGUCAAGGCCAGUGGUCAGGACAAGCGGUCGGUACCGAAGCGAACAGACGCCCUGCAUCAAAAAGGCUACAUCGAGAAACGGGCUAUUCAAAUCAAGGCUGCUCGGACGAGUCUCUGCACCCUUCGCCGGUUUUUGACACCAGAACAUGCACCUCAGUCCGAUCAAGACUCUGAGCCGUCUGGGGUGAAGCUCAAGAUGAUCGACUUCAAUGAGUUUAAUGGGAAGCUCUUUGACAUUCUGAGGGAAUACAGGCUUAUUUCUCGCAAUGAUCUCAAAGCAAAGCUCGGAUUUAUCGAUCAUUGGCACUGGCGAAUCCUGUCCCGGGCGCUUCGCAAGUUCGAGCGCAUCGGGGUCUUGAAGCGCGUGAAAGCUUUGUCUCAGUACGCGCAUACACUGAAAAAAUUUCAUCCAUGUGUCAUGCUCAUCCGGGAACCUACGGAAAAAGACAUGGAAUUAUUCCAUGAGUUCAGUCGAAACAUCUUGGCCAAUCUGGACCAGGAAGACAACGUCGAACUGGAAGACGAAAUGGACCAGGAAGGUUCAGCCCGAGGAUCGCAAGCCCCCCCGAAUACCACGUUAGUGAAACGGGAGCAAGAGGUGGAAGACGCCGGUCGCAUUCUCCCUUCUUGGAGCCCAGACCGCAACAUCCAUAAUCUAAUCUUCGAAACGAUCGAUAAUGCGGGGACUGCGGGCCUUACCAAUCAGGGGAUUAUUAGGAACUGCUUCGGGUACUACUACCGCAGACCGCUAGAAAACGCAAUUAGUCGACUUACAGAUUGUUGGCAGCUGUCCCAGCCAUUACACUUGCGCCAUCUGGCUAUAGUGCGGGACACAGCACUUGAACGAACUAUUACACAUUACGUUCAUUACACCGCUCUAAGUUUCCAGGCACUAGUCAACGCAGGAGAUGCGCUCUGGGAGGCGGUCGAAUUCCGUCCGAAGGAUGCCAAGGACGAAAAGAUCCGACCGCCCCCUGUAAAUGCCAUGCCUCAGCUGGAUCAAUAUGCAUUACCCUUGGACCGUCCGGGAAAGGAGGUGCUAAAGGGCGGUGAUGCCUCCCUCCUGGAAUGUAUCCUCGUGGCUGAGCCGCCAAACUAUAAUUGCUCCAGCCGUGACCCUGUGGCAGUGCGGCAACUGGAUGGGAGCUAUAGAAUUGAGCAGCGACUCAAGGGCGCCGCUGGCGUUGGGGCCAGCCCGCUACGCCCUAGGUCUACGCCAGUCACAGUCAAGAAAGAAUACGCCGAUGUCUCUGGCGAUGAGAUAGUUGAGCUGAAGCCUGCUAGACCACGUCUCAAGAAGCAUGAUCCAGAGCGAUACAAAGGCAUGUCCGAGAAGGAAAGGCUGGAAGCGAUGGGAUACGAUGAGACAUGGACAGAUUACAGCGUCUUGCUCAUGGAACGACUAACACCCGGCGUGUACGUCACUCCACGUGGUCGACGAAGGGCGGCCGGCAAUCGACAGGGACGCCCUCGUGCUAGCAGGAUUGCUGUGUUCAAGUCUCCGAGACUGUCAUCUUUCUCGUGGUUCCAGAAAGAUCGUCUUGACCCGGACGGUGAGACGGCGAUUCAAUCCCGAAUAACGCCCCAAUCACUGCGUCCGGUUGAAACGCCUGGGCUCACGGUGGCUGAUUCGGGCACGGCACUCGGCUCUCCAACACCUUCCACAGCUGAUCAGCCGCGAGGGAGUAAGAGAAGCCGACAGCAGCGCGAUUCGGAUGCGACACCCGAAUUAAGAACUGACAGCGCACGGAAGCAAAGGCGAGUCGACGUUGGAACCUCCCAAACUGGUGCAGUAUCCGUCGAUGCAAACAGUAGCAGCCUUUCGGUUCAAACUGAAGUAGAAAAGAGUCCUUACAGUCGAAUGAGCCCGGUCACAGUAGAUCAGCGCACGAAACGAAAGCGAGCCGUUUCUCCGAAAGAUGGGGACCAAGCGAUGACUGAUCUUGCUGAAACUGCGAAGGGUGAUAGUAUUGUUGCGACACGACGUUCCCCGCGCAAGAAAAACUCUAGGACAAUUGCAAGCGAAGUCAGUCCGUCGCCAAAGAAACCCCGUGCAAAUGAUACCCUGCGGAAAUGGCUCGCAACUUCGCAAACACCAAAACGUCCAACCGAGAAUCACGCAGGUGCUGCGCAGGCAGCAGACCAUCAUACGACCUCUCAGAGUAGUGAGAAGACACAGAGCGAUGAGAUGGUUAUUUCUACCGACUCCAACACGGCAAGCACCACAAACGCGGACGUACAGCCGGCUGCCGAUCAAGUCGAAGUCCCGUCACCGUCGAUAUCUCAAAUUGCACCGGAGUCAGAGCAGGUGGAAACCCCAACACAGCAAACGAAGGAUAAUGAUCGAAAACUCAGAGCAGGGAAAGGAGGAUCUGUCGCCGUGCUUCGCCGGCAAAUCGUUAUGGAUAUCAUCGACCAGGCUGGAGGAGCUUACCCAAUGGGGACAGAACUUUGGUACCCAUUUAUGACUGCAUGGCAGAAAACUCGCUACAAGGAGGUUCCCGAUCUCCGCACGGUCAGAACAGUGGUGAAAGGACUGGUUGAUGCUGGCAGGCUGAGCCAGCUAACAUUCAGUGGACGUGACAACAAAGGUGUUAUGGUGACAAAGAACAUUGUCUACAAAGUGGAGAUGCAGGCCGAUGAUCCUCUGAUCGAAGAUCUGCAAAAGAAGAUGCUGGCGGCAGACCGGUAUUACUUUCCUCCAAACGUUGAUGUCGAUCCGGAGAUCAAGAAGAACGGCAGCAAACGUAAAAAGAUGGAAGGAAAGGAAGGCCGGCACACAAGUCACUUUCCCUUACUGCCUGACGAGCUUACAGUGCAACUGCAUAAAAAGCCUGCGUCUGUCGUUGCGAUAGAGAAAAGGCGAGAUAUGGCCAUGCGGAGGGAACUGCUCGAACAACUUGCUAUGGAGGAAGAUUUCGAUCCAUUCAGCGGCUCGGAGAUUGUUCGUCUUAUGACAUUCCGACGCCGGGCAGGAAAGAACGGGGCUCAGGGAUUGACCUCCAUCACCAGGCCAUAUCCGCUGAGAAUGACCAAGGAGGAGCGACAGCUGCAAAGACGUCAUGCACUAGCCGGGUUGGCCUCGAUCCGCAAAAUGCGGCGCCUUUGGUCAUCGCUUGCUCCGUACUCGAUGCUUAUGAACACCAGGUCAACCUUCAUGCCCACAACUGGGACAUUCUCGACCGAAGCUGGUAUUCCGGCACUUCAGGCUGCAAAAGACCGUGCCAAAGCAGCAGCAAGAAAGCAGGUACUCAUCCCUGCAACUGAACUACCGCACUCCUUGGAAGACAUCCUUAAGUCUCAGAGGCACAAUUUCGAUUACUCUACAAGUGAUGACCCGCGCGCACGCCAGUUCUUUCAUGAGACCAACACCAUUUCUCGGUGGGAGAUUGAGAAUGAGGAUUUGCUUGCGCGCAAGAGCUCCGAGAUCACGUUCAUCAAUCAAACGGUACCGAACCUAGAGAGCUCCGGCAUUGAAAGUGGCAUUCGGUUUGAUUUUGAUGAGAGCUUUGGGGAUAUCAUCACACCGCGAUUGUCUGUUAUUACUCGUCAGCGACGCCGACGGUCGGAAGCCGCUUCAAUGGCACCUCAGAACCGCCGAAUAGCCAAGUGGGAUGAGUCCAUGGCCGGCGAUGAGAAUAAAGCACUCAUGUCAAGUCAGCAGCUCAACAACCGGAACACAUUUCCUAAGAGGAACCGGGCUCCAUUGGCUCCCGAGAUGGUUCGAAGAAUCAUGGUGGCAUUUGCCGUUGUUCGAAGUCUGGCGGGAGGGUCGGAUGCACGUCAGAUCGACUGGACUCUUUUGUUCCAUUGCUUUCCUGACAUGGAACAGGAUAUUGUGGCUGAAAGAAGCCGUCUCGUUCUCAACAAAUGCCGUUUGCAAAUCGUCAAGAUGCAGAGUGACUUUCACGAGAGGUUUCUUGAUGCCUAUGCCAAAGAUGAAGUGCCACGCAUUGACUACGAUGAUCUAUACGGUUACGACUGGGAGGGAGUAGUCGAUUGGGCGAUGCAUCAUCUGGAAUUACCCAAGUCUGAGAAGCUACCUGAUCUCCCAGCGACGAGAGAGCAGCUUGAUAGCAUGUUCGACGUGCGAGAGGAGCCAACAAAUCCGCUGGACGAAUUCUACCACGUCAGUCAGUCGAUCACUGUUAGCCGCAAGCGCGCCUUGGCUGCCGCUGUUCCGUUUGCCAUGCCCUUGAGCAACAAGAUGGCUCGGGCUCGGCCCCGGAAGGCCGAACUGGCCCGUCUGGAUGUAGCGAAGACGUGGGUUAGAGCAAAUGUCGUAACUCCAGAUGAGACCUACCGCCCCAUGGAGGCACGGCAAAGUCUAGAACGAUUUGGGGAGCCCUUGGUCCACCAGGCGCUGCAGUCGCUGGUUACAGAACGCGCCCUAAAUAUGGGCAAUCGGGGCCGCAUCACUCCAGGACGCAACUACGAUGUCACGGAGUAUUUCUUACUCGCUAUCAGCAAGAAGCGGGCCAUUGAGAGUUUCCAACUGCGCCGUGCCCAUAAAUUCAAGACGGAGGUCUUGGAUCCCGCUUUCCAAGACCAGGGACACGCUGAGAUCGACUGGAACGCGGACGACGGCGACAUGCUCGUGGCUAUCAACCUACUCUGGGCUGGUCGCGUGCUCCUCAAACCGCGUGACCCCCCUCGCGACAAGUACGGUCUAACGGAUGGUGGGUAUCUGACUCGACAGAUGGACAAGAAGAAGCUUCAGUUUACGGUUGAGAUCUGGCCGACGGAUACUUAUGUGUAUGGAAAUCCCGUGCAGGAAAAGGCCAGUACACUGAAACCACCGCGUCUGGUUGAGGAGAUUGAUCCGGCGACGUCACUCCCCGCGAAGGUUCCACUGUGGUAUGAUAUCCAUGGGGACUUCGUGCGAGUUCUGUGGGAUCUGGCGGUGGCAUCAGUGGUGAGCUGUGUGGCGCAGAGGCCUGGCAUCAGCGCUUCUAGCAUUGCAGGGAUGUUGAAGCCGACGGUGGGAGGAUGGGAGGUGCAGCUCUUAUUGGAGUGGAUGAAGAAGGUUGGGGCUAUGAAGUUGGAUUGGACGAGAACGGACAAAGCACACGAUGAGGAUGAGCCAGGCUGGCGGACGGACGAAUGGUGGUAUAUGGUGUUGGCUUGAUUUAGGGGGGAGAUCUUGAUCUAAAGAGCUGUAACUAUAGGGCGUUUUGGAUGAGAAAACUUGUUGCUUUCUCGUGUGUUAUCCUAGCCAUAGUCUCUUGUGUCUUGUUCCAUGUAUCACUAUUCCGAGCAAUUUUUGUUGAAACAGCAAGCAGCCUGUCAC